AUGGGAUGGCCAGAGAAGCAUCAAGCAGUUACCUUGAGAGUGAACGCAGACUUCACUGCUUUUUAUAGGUGUGCCAUGUAUGGUUACCAAGACACUCUUUACGUUCACUCCUUUAGACAAUUCUAUAGAGAGUGUAACAUAUAUGGGACCAUAGAUUUCAUAUUUGGAAAUGCAGCUGUGGUUUUACAAGCAUGUAGCAUUGUGUCUAGGAUGCCAUUGCCUGGCCAAUUCACUGUAAUUACUGCACAAUCCAGAGAUUCCCCAGAUGAAGACACUGGCAUCUCAAUCCAAAACUGCUCAAUUCUAGCUACCACUGAUUUGUAUUCCAACUCUGCUAGUGUUAAGAGCUACCUCGGUAGGCCAUGGAGGGCCUAUUCUCGUACCGUUUACCUUGAGUCCUACAUUGAUGUCUUUAUUGACCCAAUGGGGUGGACAAAGUGGUCUGAUGAUGGUCAAGGUUUGGACACUUUGUAUUAUGGAGAGUAUGCAAAUUAUGGGUCUGGUUCAGGGACAGAUAACCGAGUGACAUGGCUUGGGUACCAUUUAAUGGAUUAUAGUAGUGCCUACAACUUUUCAGUCUCAGAGUUCAUCAUUGGUGAUGCUUGGCUUGGGUCUACUUCAUUCCCUUAUGAUGAUGGGAUUUAA